AUGACAGAUUCACCAAGAACUAGUAUAGGGUAUGAUGAUACGUACUCACAGGUCAUUUCACAAAACUUCUAUUAUGAAGAUGUGACUCACAAUCAAACACCACAAGCGUCAGAUGCGAUACCGAUACCAAGCCCUAUUCAAGAACCACCUGAGAAACUAUCUGCUAAUGAAAUAAAUCCGAAUAUAAAUUUACCAACACAUGUAAAAAUUUAUCGAACUAUAAAUACAUUUAAAAUUUUAGCUUUACUUCUUUAUGUAAUUCUCUGGAUAUAUAAGAUAAUUUCUAAUGAGGUUAAAAUCUCUCUCAAUCCCUCACUUGAUGAUUUACCUUUUCCUUCCAAUUAUUAUAGUCCAUCUGCUUCAUAUGUUGGUUCUAUAAUCAUGACUCUUGUAUUCACUUUAUCGAUUAUUUUUCUUGUAAUAGAAUUAUUAUUUCUUUUUCUCACUUAUAGACAUCCCUUUAUUAAGAAAGGCCGCAUUAUUGUAUCUCUAUUGAUAUUUUUCAUUUAUCUUGCUUUUGCAUUAGCAUUUAAUAUUAUUGCUGGUCUGGGUGUAUUAUAUACAGAGAUAUAUUCCGCUAUGGUUACUUUAUUAUGGAUUAUACCUCUUCUCUCAUUAUUAGAAUUCUUUGCUGGUUAUUCAGAAUGGCCUAUAACUGGAGAGGUUACAAUUAGUGGUUUUAUUAAGUUCAUAAAAGUAAUAUUGAUUUUCCUUUAUUUAAUUAAUAUUGUUAUCAAAUUAGUACGAUUUAACUCAAAUCUUAAUUCUUUUUAUACUAAAAAUGCUUUAACUGUUUCCGCUGUCGGAAUUAUUAACUUAAUUUUUGAAGUCACCCUUUUCGUUUUUUAUAAAUUUCAAAUUUUCGAAAGCAUUUUAUAUAUUGUAAAAAGAGUCAUUUUUAUGUUAUUUUUUUCUCUUUAUUUUGGUACAGCUUUUGUUAAUUGUUACAUUUUAAAAUUUACAGAUACUGUUUAUUCUAUUGCUGAUGGGUUAAUUUGGGUUAUUGUACUUUGCUGUUUUGUGGAAUUUAUUAUAAAUGAGAUAGAUAUCAAAAACAAUAAUGAUGAUAUGAGUUUCGGUGAUGAUAACUCACAACCUUAG